AUGGACAACAGCAGUGACGAGUGUAAUUUUAUGCCUGUGAAUGCCACCAAGACCUUUAAAAUCCCCAUGUAUUCCGUAAUACUGGUCCUCGGUCUGCCUCUGAACAUCUUGGCAUUGUGGGCUUUGAUCUACCAAUUAAAGAAAUCCGUGGUCCUUUCGGUUUAUAUUAUGAACCUGGUGGUGGCUCACCUCUUGCAGAUCCUAACCCUGCCUUUCGGGAUGUACUACAGCCAAAACAAUCACCGGUGGAACUUGGGGAAAGAAGCCUGUUUGUUGAUCGGUGUGGCUUUCCGUACAAAUUACUACGCCAAAAACUCUUUUCUGUGUCUCAUCGCCAUGGAGAGGUAUCUCGGCCUGGUGCACCCGCUCCGGUUUCAUCGGGCGCAGACCGUGCCGGGCGCGGUGAAGAUUAGCAUCCUGGUUUGGCUUGUGGACUUGACUCUCUGCGCCGUCGGCAUUGGGUUCCAGAUCCGUACUUUUGAACACGGGAAGAAGACUUGCCUGGACAGCGCCCUCCUGAACCGCAAUUAUGCACGCUUUCGGGUCAGCAUCAUGGCUUUCUCUUUCGUCAUCCCGCUCUUCCUCAUGGCUUUCUUCCACAUCAGCGUCUUCUUCAAGGUCAGGCAGGUGGUUUCCCUGGAGAAGAGAGUCAAAAAGCAAAUCUCCAGGUUCAUCUCGCUCCUCAUUACGUCCUUCUUCCUCCUCUUCACGCCUUACCAGGCUGUUUCGUACUAUAGAUACCUGCUGGAAGUCCUAACGCCUUCCACGGCGGUCUGCGACUCGCUGAGGGCCAUCUUCGUCUACGAGCACGUGACUCUGUGCAUCUCCCUUUUGGACAACAUCUUGGAUCCCCUUUUUUAUAACCUCCUCCUCAAAGAUAUUCAGACAGGUUUUAGACAAUGCCUGUUCUCCAGGGCCAACAGGAAAGGCCUCUCGUUGGAAGCAAGAAUCUCCUCUACGUUUAGGCAUUAUGAAAACACCAGACCGAUUCCAGAUCCUUAA